UCAUAUCGUGAGCUUCGAUUUGUCUUUGUUUGAAAGGUGCGGUGCCGGUUGAUGCCGGUGUUUGGAAAUAUUGAUUUACAAAUGAGAUUAUCGAUUUUAUCCGCUAUGCGCUGAGCAUUUGGUACAUUUUUAUACAUGUUUAUAUUUGUAGUUCAUCAUCGAAAUCUCUACUGAUCAUUUAAUUUCACUGCAGUACUACCACUAUGGAACAGACACGAAAGGAAAAGAGUGUCGAACCUCAUCAAACCAGCUCCGAGAGUGCAGCUGACGAAAAGCAAGCGAAACAACAUUAAAAGGCCCAGAAACAGUAAAGAAAGGCGAAAUCUGUGAAGAAAUAUGACCACAAAUAUCAAGCAUUAUGGCAAUCUAUGCCACAAUUCAAGAAUUGGAUAGCACCAAGCGAAAAUGGGAUAUUACACUUCUUUUGAGAAUAUUACAAUCACUCAUAUAAAUCAGGGAUUAAGAAAAUUGACUAACAGAUUGAUAAACGAUGGCAUUACUAUGACUACGGUAUACCAAAUGAAAUCAUGCACAAAUAUAAUACUAUGUGUUUAUGAGGCUGUUAUUAGUUGUGAAGCAAAACAAUUUGUUCAAAGUAUGUUACUUAUCAUUCAGAAAAAAGACCGCCAGGUGGAUGCUACAAUCGCUUCUUACAGCAGCAAAAACAGCGCAACAGCUAUAAAAAUCGAAUGCGCGAAUACUACAAAUUCAUGUCCGAAUGUCAACGGCAGCUUUUCUUCAAUGAAAGGGAUAGAAACAUUGAUAGGGGUGGUGAGGGUAAUAGAGGAGGAUGGAGUGGUGAGAAUUACCGAGGCGGUAGACUUCGUGGAUGGCGAGGUUCCAGGGGUGGUAGAGACUUCCGAGGUGGUCAAAGUAGAGGAAGGGGUAGAGGCAUCGGACGCGGCACAGAUUUCAGGGACGCCUAACGUGUUACGAACCCAUUUCGUGAUUAUUAAUUAAUUUAAGGAAUAAUUCAAAUAUUUUUGAUAUU